GGGUACACUGCUGGGCACAGGUGGACGGAGCUAGUGGGCGCACUGCUGGGCACAGGUGGGCGGAACUUGCGGGUGGCACUGCUGGGCACCGAUCAUCAGGGCACUGAUCAUCAGUGCCCUGUGGAAAUUGUCAGAGGAGGGAUCGGCACCGAUCAUCAGGGCACUGAUCAUCAGUGCCCUGAUGAUCGAAGCCGCCCACCUGUGCCACACACCUGUGCCCACCACUGCCGCCCACCUGUGCCCAUCAGUGCAGCCCAGCAGUGC